GCGGGCGACCCCGUGCCGCCCCUCAGAGCCGGGGCGGCGGCGGCGGCGGAGAAGAUGGCGGCGGCGGACGGCGACGAUUCGCUUUACCCUAUCGCCGUCCUCAUCGACGAGCUCCGUAACGAGGACGUGCAGCUACGCCUCAACAGCAUCAAGAAGCUGUCGACCAUCGCCCUGGCGCUGGGCGUGGAACGCACCCGCAGCGAGCUCCUGCCCUUCCUCACCGACACCAUCUACGACGAGGAUGAGGUGCUGCUGGCGUUGGCGGAGCAGCUCGGCACCUUCACCGCCCUGGUUGGGGGACCAGAGUUUGUCCACUGUCUCCUGCCCCCCCUGGAGAGCCUGGCCACAGUGGAGGAGACGGUGGUGCGGGACAAGGCGGUGGAGUCCCUGCGGGCGGUGUCCCACGAGCACGCCCCACCUGACCUAGAAGGUCACUUCGUCCCCUUGGUGAAGCGCCUGGCGGGGGGCGACUGGUUCACCUCCCGCACCUCCGCUUGCGGCCUCUUCAGCGUCUGUUACCCACGCGUCUCCAGCCCCGUCAAGGCCGAGCUGCGACAAUAUUUCCGGAACCUCUGCUCGGACGACACCCCCAUGGUCCGUCGCGCCGCCGCCUCCAAACUGGGAGAAUUUGCCAAAGUUUUGGAACUGGAGCACGUCAAGAGCGAGAUCAUCCCCAUGUUCUCCAACCUGGCGUCUGACGAGCAGGACUCGGUUCGGCUGUUGGCGGUGGAAGCGUGCGUCAGCAUCGCCCAGCUGCUGCCGCAGGAGGAGCUGGAGGGGCUGGUGAUGCCGACGCUGCGGCAGGCGGCCGAGGACAAAUCCUGGCGCGUGCGGUACAUGGUGGCCGAUAAGUUCACCGAGCUUCAACGAGCCGUGGGACCCGAAAUCACCAAGACCGACCUGGUGGGGGCUUUCCAGAGCCUCAUGAAGGACUGCGAGGCCGAGGUGCGGGCGGCCGCCUCCCACAAGGUCAAAGAGUUCUGCGAGAACCUGUCCCCAGACUGCCGGGAGGCCGUCAUCAUGGGCCAGAUCCUGCCCUGCAUCAAGGAGCUGGUGUCAGACGCCAACCAACACGUGAAGUCGGCGCUGGCGUCCGUCAUCAUGGGACUGUCCCCAAUCCUGGGGAAGGACAACACGGUGGAGCAUCUGCUGCCCCUCUUCCUCGCGCAGCUCAAGGACGAGUGCCCCGAGGUCCGCCUGAACAUCAUCUCCAACCUGGACUGCGUCAACGAGGUGAUCGGGAUCCGGCAGCUCUCCCAGUCCCUGCUGCCCGCCAUCGUCGAGCUGGCCGAGGACGCCAAGUGGCGCGUCCGCCUGGCCAUCAUCGAGUACAUGCCCCUGCUGGCCGGCCAGCUGGUGAGCGCUGGGGAGGCACUGGGAAGCGCUGGGAGGGG